UCUGUUUGUCCGCUGGCGCAUGCACUCUGGAGGAACGGCAUACCCAUGCAUUUCCUUCAGAGCACUGUGCCAUGUCCCAAGACUCCUGCACGCAUUGUUGCUAAACUCCGGACCCUGCAUUCACUAUAUCCGGUCUCCCCGGACCCUUCAUUCACUAUAGCUGGUCUCCCCGGACCCUGCAUUCACUAUAUCUGGUCUCCCCGGACCCUGCAUUCACUAUAUCUGGUCUCCCAGGACCCUGCAUUCACUAUAUCUGGCCUCCCCGGACCCUGCAUUCACUAUAUCUGGCCUCCCAGGACCCUGCAUUCACUAUAUCUGGCCUCCCCGGACCCUGCAUUCACUAUAUCUGGCCUCCCCAGACCCUGCAUUCACAAUAACUGGUCUCUCCGGACCCUGCAUUCACUAUAUCUGGUCUCCCACAACCCUUCAUUCACUAUAUCUGAUCUCCUCGGACCCUGCAUUCACUAUAUCUGGUCUCCCCGGACCCUGCAUUCACUAUAUCUCUCCCCGGACCCUAUUCACUAUAUCUGGUCUCCCCGGACCCUGCAUUCACUAUAUCCCGGGUCUGGUCAUCACUAUAUCCCGGACCCUGCAUUCACUAUAUCCGCCCUCCCCAGACCCUGCAUUCACUAUAUCUGCUCUCCCCGGACCCUGCAUUCACUAUAUCUGGUCUCCCCGGACCCUGCAUUCACUAUAUCUGGUCUCCCCAGACCCUGCAUUCACUAUAUCUAGUCUCCCA